AUGUAUGUUUCUGAAGCUCAAUCACAGGAUUAUCCUCCAAGGCUUUACCCUGAAGGGUCUUCUAAUCUAGAAGGUAAAAAUAUUAAUCACAGUUUCCAUUUAGGAGAAUUCCAUCACGUUAGAGAAGCAAUAGGACGUGAUGUGUUGGAACAGGAGAAGUCUCCUAUUGGAGUAAUUGCUAAGCUAGCUGCACGCAAAAGCGUGUGGUCUGCGUUUUCGGAGGAGUUCAAUCUGCCUCUUGGGAUGGGACCCAAGUUAGAUGAACUGAAGCCAGCAUUAGAGGUCUGUCAGUCUUGGAGUUUUGGAAAGCGUAAAUGGUUGGGGUUGUUACUUCUUCAAGCCACGAGACUUUAUGCUUUGCAUCAUAAUUCUAGGAUACCAUUUGAAAGUGCAAAAAGAGUAUUCGACAAUGAAGCCAUGAUGUUGUAUCCAUGGGGUCGGACUGCAUAUGAAGUUCUUGUUGACUCCAUUAAAAUGUUGGAUCCACAAGGAGGGUCAUACACAAUAAGCGGCAUGAAGGACGUGUUAAUGGGUUGGGUGUAUGAAUCUGUCACUUGCUUUGAAGAGCAAUUUGGGAGAGUGGUCAAUAGUGAAGACAUUCCGCUUUUGCGAUGGGGUGGAAAGCGUACCCGUGCAAGUUUUACUAAAUUGUCCUCUGAGGAGAUCAAAGAUCAUGGCGAGGUGCGUGUGAGGAAAAUGAUUAUGAAGGACUCAGUUGAAGAGAUGUUUUCUCAAUGGAUGAGUGAAGAUGACGACCCACAACUCAUUAACUUGAUAACAUACACACAUGGAGAGGAUCUUGAUAAGGCUUCAGAGGUGAAAAAGACUUUGGUUGAUGAGUUUGGUAGUGCCAUUGCAACACGUGCUAAAUCUGCUGCAACACCUGCUAAAGCUGCUGCAACACCUGAGGCUAAAGUUGCUGCAACAGCUGAUAAAGAUGCUGCUCUUGAUUCAAUUAUUGUUUCUCCUGCUAAAGGUGCUAAGGAUGCUAAGGCUGGUAAGGAAGGAGGCCGCAUGGGCAAUCCAAAACAGAAGGAUGAUGAGGCUGUGUUAACAAAGAAGGAGGCCGCUGCUAAGAAGAGGGAAGAGGCUGCGUUAAAGAGGAAGGGGGCGACUGAGAAAAAAAACAUGAUGAGUUAA